AUGAAGUUCUUGGAGUACACUAACCUCGACAGAUUGAAUGUGUUUAUGGGUCAUUUAAAUCUCGGGGAAAUAACUAUCAAAGGUUGUCUGGAAGCUUAUUCAUGUAAACAUGCGGGAACUGAUAAAAGAUUGUCUCUUAGUUUGGAGAAUGAGAUGCUAGACUAUCUUGGGAAAUCUUCUGACAGUGACUCUUCUUCACCCGUUGAUCUUUUGUUAAGCAGAUCAAGUCGAAAGACUUUGAUCUACUUGGUUCUUGCACUCUAUCAGAUGUAUCCAGACUACGAUUUCAGCGCUGUGAAAGCACAUCAGUUUUUCUCGGAGGAAAGCUGGGACACAUUUACUCAGAUUUUUAGUAACUACAUGUUUGAAGCUUCUAAGGAAUGGACUGAGAGGAAUGAGGAUGGUUCCCUACUUGAGGCAAUCUACGAGGCUCUUGAUGAGGUUGUAAAGCUAGCUGAUUGUGAGAUCUACGUGUACAACCCAAACCCUAAUGCUGAUCCUUUCCUUGAAGAAGGAGCAAUAUGGUCUUUUUGUUUCUUAUUCUACAACCGAAAACAGAAGCGUGUUGCUGGUUUUCGUUUCUGCUGCAUAAGUAACCUGGCAAAUGAUGCAUUUCUCGCUGACACACCUCCAUACGAAGAAGAUGAGGAGAUCUUUGACGACAUGGAUAUGUGA